AUUUCGUGUUUUUGCUACCGCAUGUGUGUUCCGAAUCUGUAGACGCAGCAUGAGCAAGACACAACAAAUGCUACAGUUCCACGAACUGGAGCUGGACCAGCGCAUUCUUAAGGCAAUUGCGCAGCUAGGAUGGCAACAACCCACGCUUAUACAGUCGACGGCGAUACCAUUGCUGCUUGAGGGCAAGGAUGUAGUGGUCCGUGCUCGCACUGGCUCUGGUAAGACGGCCACCUAUGCUUUGCCGCUGAUCCAAAAGAUACUCAAUUCGAAACUUAAUGCCAGCGAGCAGUGCGUGAGCGCUUUGGUACUAGCACCAACCAAGGAGUUGUGCCGGCAGUCACGUCAAGUUAUAGAGCAGCUCGCUGAAUCAUGCGGCAAAGUUGUGCGUGUAGCAGACAUUGCUGGCAGCUCAAACGAUGCUGUAACACAGCGGCAUGCGCUUUCAGAGCGCCCAGAUAUUGUAGUCUCGACGCCAGCAAAGAUUCUGGCACAUGCUGAGGCUGGCAGCAGUGUGGUCGACCUUAAGAACAUACAAACACUGGUGGUUGACGAGGCAGAUCUAAUCUUCGCCUUUGGCUACGAGAAGGACUUUAAGAAGCUCAUCAAGUUUUUACCGCCUAUCUAUCAGGCUGUGCUCGUUUCUGCGACCAUUUCAGACGAUGUGGUGCGCAUGAAGGGUCUGUGCCUGCAUGAUGCCGUCACGCUUAAGCUCGAGGAACCCGACUUGGUGUCGCUGGAACAGCUUACCCAUAACCGCAUACUUGCUGAGGAAAACGACAAGCCGGCCAUUCUCUAUGCGUUGCUCAAACUAACGCUCAUACAAGGCAAAAGCAUUAUUUUUGUCAAUAAUGUGGAUCGCUGCUACAAAGUGCGUCUAUUUCUGGAGCAAUUCGGCAUUAGAUCCUGCGUGCUUAACUCUGAGCUGCCAGCAAAUAUACGUAUACACACCAUCAGUCAGUUUAACAAGGGCACCUACGACAUCAUCAUAGCCUCCGACGAGCACAUGCUAGAGAAGCCCGCAGGCAAAUCACAGCACAAAUCAAAGCACAGCGAUCACGAGUCGAGCGCCUCCCGUGGCAUUGACUUCCAAGGCGUUAACAAUGUCAUCAACUUUGACUUUCCACGAGAUGUUACCUCAUAUAUACAUAGAGCUGGCCGCACAGCACGUGGCAACAACAAGGGCUCCGUGCUAUCCUUUGUCAGCAUCAAGGAAGCACCCAUCAACAAAGCUGUGGAGCAAAAGUUGCGCAGCUGCUUUGGCAAAGAAAUGCUUGUCAAGAAAGACAUCUUGCCAAAGCCAGUGCCAGUUGCCAUAGACCCCAAGCAGGGUAACAGCAAAGCUGUUGAUCAACUGCGACGCACACUUGCCGAUGUGGAUGUGUGUGCGGAGGCUAAGGAACCAUGCGCCGAUAUUAUUAAACUCUAUCAGUUCAAAAUGGAGGAAGUAGAGGCGUUCCGCUAUCGCGCACAGGAUUGCUGGCGCGCAGCGACGAGAGUCGCGGUGCACGAUACACGAUUGCGUGAAAUCAAAUCCGAGAUACUCAACUGCGAGAAGCUGAAGGGUUUCUUUGAGGAGAACCAACGUGAUUUGCAGGCGCUGCGACACGACAAGCCGACGAAAACCAUCAAAGUGCAAUCGCAUCUUUCCCAUGUGCCCGACUAUAUACUGCCCAAAGCGCUUAAACGUGUGGCAAUCAUGAAAGCGCCAGAGCCUGCGGCCAGACAGCCACGCAGCUCGGGAGCCAAAGCUGCUUUCCAGCGUCAAAGCAACGAUCCAUUGAUGGUAAGCGAGGUGGACUAUGGAAAACGUCGUGGUGCGCCCAAGCGUAGAAAAGUUAAAUAGUUUACAUACUAACUUAUGUUCUAGUAGUUCGUAAGGAGCAUUAGUUAUAAGUCUGCCUUUGAAUUGUUUUUAACAUGUUGAGCUGUCGCGUUAAUAAAAGCGCAAAUUACAAA